CGCCGACCCCGUCCUCCAAGGAGCGCCUCCGCAGCAGCCGGCUCUCCUCCUCCAUCUCGGGCUCGAUAGUUCUAUAAAUUGGUUCCAUGCCCAAUUUACAUCGGUUUAGUCGAUAGUUCUAGAAAUGACACCAAGGAAAGGAUUUUGAUUGGGUGCUUCUAUAGAUUCAAGGAAAGGAUUCGAUCCCUGAAGCUCGUCUUCGGCUUUCUUCGAGGUAGAAGAGAUUGGUGUUUACAAUGGCAGCCUUUAAAGCUUUUUGGAAUAGCCCUGUAGGGCCAAAAACAACUCACUUUUGGGGACCAAUUGCCAAUUGGGGAUUUGUUGCUGCUGGUUUGGUGGACACGCAAAAGCCCCCAGAGAUGAUUUCUCGGAACAUGACUGCAGCCAUGUGUGUCUACUCAGGACUUUUCAUGAGAUUUGCAUGGAUGGUACAGCCACGUAACUACUUGCUUCUGGUAUGCCAUGCCUCUAAUGAAUCAGUUCAGCUGUAUCAGUUAUCACGUUGGGCAAAAGCACAAGGGUUCCUGGAGAAGAAAGAGCCUGAAGGACAGCAUUAAGCUUUUAGAUGCGCUGCUUCAACAAAUUCGCAAUAAGAAAUUGAUGUGUCGUGUUCUAACAGCAUCAAAUUGCUAUAGAAUUGAUGAGAACUUCCUUGCAAACAUCAUUUAUUCAGACCAUUUGAUUGAA